AUGCGGUUGUGCAUAGACUACCGUGGGAUUAACAAUGUCACUAUCAAGGACAAGUACCCACUACCGCGGAUAGAUGAGUUGUUGGAUCAACACAGGGGAGCGAGUUGGUUUUCAAAGAUUGAUCUAGCCUCAGGCUAUCAUCAUAUUUCAAUCUCUGAACCAGACGUGAUGAAGACUGCCUUUAGGACAAGGUAUGGUCAGUAUGAGUUUGUAGUGAUACCAUUUGGACUCACUAAUGCGCCGGCAGCAUUCAUGCGCCUAAUGAAUGAAGUAUUUCACGAUUACUUGAAUAAGUUCAUGAUAAUAUUCAUUAAUGAUAUUCUCAGCUACUCUCGUAGUACUGAGGAGCAUCAAGAUCACUUAAAGAAGGUCUUGGAGAGACUAAGAGAGCAAAAGUUAUUUGCCAAGUUUAGUAAGUGCAAGUUUUGGCAAAGAGAAAUUGGUUUUCUUUUCCAUCGAGUUUCGGAGAAAGGAGUAUCAGCAGAUCCCGAAAAGAUUGCUGCGAUUCAAGAAUGGCGAAAGCCUACAACCGUGACAGAAGUGCGGAGUUUCUUAGGACUUGCUGGUUAUUACCGGAAGUUCGUGAAGGGAUUUUCUUUGAUAGCAAAACCCUUGACGCGACUUAUGGGUAAGGGAGUUCCAUUUAUCUGGGACGCGGAGGUGUAA